UGCGAUUCAGUGAAACUUCAUAAACACCUAAACUUCCUCUGAUACUUUUAAAUAAAAUUAUCUAUUAAUUGUUGCUCAAAAUAUAGUUAUUUUCCGGAUCCAAGUCCAACCCGACCCGAAAUUUUCUUUCUCCCCCGCUCUGUUUUGUUUUUGCGCAGAUCGUGUUGUCCUCGAACCAAUUGGAAUGGCGAGCAGCUUAGCCGUUCACCAUUGCAGCUCUGUAUCACGGUGUCAACGUGUUCCGUGGAGACUCAAUGGGUUAGGUUUUCAUCCUUUACUUACCACUACAAGCAGUGUAAUUAGGGCGCAAAAACGGGUUCACCUCUCCAGAACUUACUGCACUGCAAAACCUUUUGUCGUCGCGGAGGACGAGAAGUAUGGAAACAAGCAGGUCAUCAGCGUCACCCCCCGUCUUUACGAUUACAUCCUCUCAAAUGUUCGAGAACCUGAAAUUUUGCGAGAACUGAGGGAGGAGACAGCCAACAUGCGUGGUAGCCAGAUGCAGGUAUCUCCUGAUCAGGCACAAUUGCUUGCUAUGCUUGUACAACUCCUUGGGGCAAAACGUUGUAUUGAAGUUGGCGUUUAUACUGGAUACUCAUCAUUGGCCAUUGCGUUGGUACUACCAGAAUCAGGACGUCUUGUUGCUUGUGAAAGAGAUGCCAAAUCUCUUGAGAUUGCAAGAAAGUACUAUGAUAAAGCAGGUGUUUCACACAAGGUGAUUGUGAAACAUGGAUUGGCAAUGGAUACCCUGGAAUCCCUACUUUUGAAUGGUGAAGCUUGCAGCUAUGAUUUUGCAUUCGUUGAUGCUGAGAAGAGGAUGAAUCAGGAGUAUUUUGAAUUGCUGUUACAGCUGGUAAGGGCUGGGGGCGUCAUUGUGAUCGAUAAUGUUCUGUGGCAUGGGAAAGUUGCUGAUCCAAUGGUUAAUGAUGCUAAGACUCUGAGCAUUAGGAACUUCAAUAAAAAUUUAAUGGAGGACAAACGUGUACCUAUUGGAGAUGGAAUGACAAUCUGCCAUAAAAGAUGAUCUUCAACUGAAAGCUGACUGUGUUUCUUGUUCGAGGACAGUUUCUAUGAUUUGGAACCAUUUAUCGGGUACACAAGGAUUUUUGCACGAGAUGUUUCCUUUAUUAUUUGAUGAAUGAUAGAUAUUUCCUUAUGGCAGUUCUCAAACAGGGCUCCUGCAGUGGAGGUGAGGCCCCUGCAGGGCAGAUGUAUGCAGCCUCCUUGCCAUAUUGGGGAGAGGUUGUCUCUGUUGUUUGAACAUGUGACGCCGAAGUAAUGUUGAAACAUCUCACUGUAACUAUGUCUUUGAGCCUUCUAUUAACUUGAUGGAAGUUUUUUGAUCAAACUUUUCCUACAAAAUUCAACCUCUUGCAGUUGCAUAGUUGUAAACAGAUAGAGGUGACAUGGGCUGUGUUCAUAUUUUUGUUGUCUUGGGGUUGAGAGCAUCUCUUGUUUAUCCCAUUAGAAUAACAUGUUAUAUGCAAGUUGUGUGGAAUACCUUUCUAUUUUCGUUA